AAGAAUCUAAAGUAUCUGGAGCAGUGGCUUCGUUCCGCUUAUAGUGAGGGAGUGUCAUGUCGGGGGCUUUUGAGUGUACCGAGAUGAUGGGGACUCGAGUAGAAUCAGAACAGAUGGGAAUGCGAAUCCAUCGCUGCAGUUGUUGGCUUCAGAUCUAGACCAACUCAUACAUGAGUCUUGAAGAAGGACUAUCUGAGAAAACGAUGGACGUCUGAGGAUAUCGUUUCUGCACCAGCUCGAAUUCCACGUCCACAUCUAGCAGCUGUUCGAUGGAGACAAGUAGGGAAUGAGUCUUUUAACCGUUGGGCAGAAUAAAUCCUCCUUCGUCUUGGGGUUCCCUCUUCACCUCUAUUCUGCAUGGGAUGAACUCGCAAGCAAGGAAAAAACACAUAAACCCACAAUUCUUUAUAGUAUCUCAAAUGAUCAAGUCAUCUUUCCCAUUCGACCUGUACCAAUGGGCCUUCCUUUUUUCGCGAUUCGCUGGCGCCUCGUUGGACAGCGUGAGUCAGCUCCGCUCUGUGGCACGUUGAUGACGACCUGCGAUCUGCAACUUGCGACGUCGUAAGCCUCCGGAAGUCCAUAUAUUCUCCAGAAGCGGGGUUGCUUUGCAAGAAGCGUGACUCGAGUCCAGCUAUCGAUCCGCAGCAGUGGGUUGAGGUUCUUCCUACACAUGAAGCUUUUAGAAGUACGUGAGGGAAUCCGCGGAAAAAGGAGCGUAUCCGUACCGGUAAAUUGGGAAAGAGGAAUUGUGGGUAUAUGAGAUGAUUUACUGAUUGAGGGUUUGAUGCGAGAGUUUUCUACUGUGGCAGUCAGAAAGUAGCAUAGGUUCGUCUUGGGAUUACUUGAGCUUUCAGGAUGAGGUACUCCAUUUCUGACAAACGAAACCCAAAUAUGGGAAGAAGAACCAGCGUCAUGGAGUCUCGAUGCAAUGAAACUUUCCGGCGAGCCAAACAUUGCGGGAAGCAUCGGAUGACAUAUGCAAAGGUUUAUCGAUCGCGAGAUAUUCAAGAGCUUAUGCGAUGCCCGAUUUGUCUAGGCAUCCUCCGAAACACACGCACUGUUAUGGAGUGUCUUCAUCGGUUUUGCAGAGAAUGCAUUGAUAAAGCUAUGCGACUUGGGAGAAAAGAAUGCCCUACAUGUCGCGCACAUUGCGCGAGCAGGAGGUCUUUGAGGGACGAUCCCCACUUUGAUGCCCUUAUCGCUGCGAUGUUUCCGGACAUAGAGAAACUUCAGAAAGAGGAAUCCACUUUGCUCGAGGAGACUCUUAUCAGCAACAGACAGACACAGAAGAAAAUUGAGGAAGCCGUCAAGCGCCAAUCUGAAGCAGUGGCAAGAUUCAAGAGGCCUAAAUCAGUUGGUUCAAAAACACGAAUCGCCACAUAUUCGAGAGGAGCUGGAUGUGAAGAUGAGCGAUUCAGAGAUGUCUCUGUAGUUCCAGAUUUAAACAAUGCUGGGGCUAAAUCGUCAAUCAGAACGAAUGUGAACAUACUCCAUCUAGAUAAUAAUGAGGCAGAUGUAGAAAUGGAGCAAUAUCAUGGUCUCAAGCUUUUAAGUGAGCUUGCCGAUCAGGAUGAAUUCUCGAGCCUCACACCCACUCCUUCAUUGAAACGGAUUGUGAUAAAGGACAUAGAUUCGGGUAUAUCAAAGAGCACAGAAGUUAGGAUUCAGAGUGAUAGGAAAAAAGACCAUCAGGGAAAGAAAUGCUCAUCAGUUUCUAAGUGCGGUGGAGAACUUGUAGUGAUGGGAGCGCCCUCUAAAGAGAAUCAAAGGGGGAAAGCCAUGGAGAUCUCGCCUACUCCAACAGAUGAUGGACUUCUGGGCAAUGGUGGUUCGAUUACUUUGCUUCAACUGGAUUGUGUUAGAAUGUGUGAUGAGUAUCAUGAUCAUGACAAGGAGAAUUGGACAGCAGAAGGAUCUCGAUCUCGGUACGAAAGUCAAAAUGGCCAUGGAGGACCGAAAUUUGCUUAUGAGAGUGGAAUUUCUUCACGUAAAGAAGGUCAAACGCAAGCGAAGGUUGUGACAUGUGGGUCCACUGUGCAUGGAGAAAUUCCUAGUGUGAGGAGAACGCAAGCGAAAUCUUCAAAAAGGGAAAAAAUGUGCAGCCGAGCAUCAACACUUCUUAAUCACCUUGCUGCAAAAUCACGAAAAGAAAAAGAUGAUGAGUAUGUAAUUCACCUUCAGUUGAGACCUUUGGUGAACCUCUCCGAUGGUGUGGAUGUGUUCCUUGGCCUUGAAAAGCCAUAUCUUUGCUGUCCACCACAGAUGACAAUCCAGCAUCUCUGUAAGUUUGUGGCGGGCAAAGCUUUUGGGGAACGAAGAGGAAUGGUUGAACUGUUAAUUUCGACAUCGAGCCCUUCAACAGGAGCUUCUUGGUUGAAGAGAGCUGAGAACAUGGAAGUACAGGUCCUAAGAGAGGAAUACACUUUGCACUAUGUACUGUCGAAGUUCUGGCAGGCACGAGGCGAAAUGAUUCUACUGUACCGAUGCGUGGAACCCAAUCACCAUGAUAAGUUGCGGGCUAAUGGAAAGGUACACGUUCAUGGACCCGGUCACUACAACAAUGGAGUAGAAUAGUGUGGAUUGAAGUGGGGAUAGUACUUUUCGCGAUACAGGAGUGUAAAGAAGUAGAAUGUGUUGAUCUGACCAAGUUGCUACACCAACAAAAUGAUCCAUUUCACUUAAAAUUGUUGAUUGAUGUAUCCACAUUCAAUAUACUAUUCGGCAAAUUUAGUAAAUAUUGUAGUCCACAAUGAUACCAAAUCAACUCUUGUCAUUCGUCAAGUAAAUUCA